AUGUCGCUGGCGAUACAGAACCGAACUUUCGAGUUCCAGCAAUGUGUGUCGUCUUACGACAAGAUAAACAGAAGACAGCAAGGCCCUCAGCGGCAGGAUAAUCAACCAGCUAAGAAAUCAAGAUUCUCCCAACAGGCUUCAAUCAUAGCUAAAGACAUCGCACACACAACAGAGCUAUUACUGAAGCUUGCACUCUUGGCCAAGAAGAAACCUUUGUUUGACGACAGGCCUGUGGAGAUCGGCGAGUUGACGUAUGUGAUCAAGCAGGAUAUAUUCAAGAUCGAACAAAGCAUUCAGAACCUUCAGAGGUUCGCCAAGGGAGAGCUGUCAAUUCAGAUGGACUCGCAAGUCACACAGUAUUCCAAGAACGUGUUGAACUUACUUAAUUCGAAGAUGAAGAAUGUCAGUGGUGAAUUCAAGAACGUGUUGGAGCUUAGACAGAAGAACGAGCUUAUGAACAAGACCAGAACAGAGAACUUCCUCAGUGCGGCAACUAAUAGACGACAGAACUCUCUGACUCCGCUAAGCGACGGUGGCGAUUCUGGCAGGGGAACUGGUGCCAACAACUCAUUGCAUAAUUUGGGCGAAAACCCAUACUUACUCACUCUCCUCUCGAUUCCUGACCAGACCAGGCAGUUACUCCUAAUGGAAGAGCAAAGCAAUGAAUACCUACAGCAGAGAAACAGUGCUGUGGAGACAAUUGAAGCCACGAUUAACGAAGUGGGCAACUUGUUCCAACAGUUGGCUACUAUGGUUACUGAGCAGGGAGAAACUAUCCAAAGAAUCGAUCAAAACGUUGAGGACAUUGACAUGAAUAUCUCAGGCGCCCAGAGGGAAUUGCUCAAGUACUAUGCGCAUAUAUCGAACAACAGGUGGUUGUUCUUGAAGAUCUUUGGAGUAUUGCUCUUCUUCUUCUUUUUAGACCUAGACAUCAUGUGGAACUACAUCUUCGGCGGCAACAAGCAGCAGAAAAAGGAGUUGCCGAAGAAGGCAAUCGUCGAGUUGAGAGAGCAUAUUCAAAUGCUCAACAAGAAACGCAGUCAUCUAGAAUCCCAGAUUGAGGACCAGGACAAGCUUGCCCGGAAGCAUAUUGCCACCAACAAGGCUCUUGCCAAAAAUGCAUUGAAGCGCAAGAAGGGCUACGAAACAAAUUUGAUGAAGAUAGAAAACCAGAUUGACUCGUUAGAAACUCAGUUGACUUCCAUUGAGGGCGCCAACUUGAACUUGGAGACCAUGAAGGCCAUGAAGCAGGGCGCCCUGGCCAUGAAGCAAAUACACGGCGAGUACGAUGUUGACAAGGUUGAGAACACCAUGGAUGACAUCCGGGAACAGGUUGAAUUGGCGGAUGAGAUAUCCGAGGCCAUCUCACGUCCUGUGGGAGGGGAAUACGUGGACGAAGACGAAUUGGACGAGGAGUUGGCAGCUUUGCAAGAGGAGGAGCAGGAAAGCAAGCAAAAGAAUACUCCAACCAAGACUCCAGCACAGAAGGCUCCUGCGGCCGAGGAACCGGAACUCCCAACUUCCCUACUCUUCGACCACGUUGGGCCUGGAAUGUACAGUAAGGUCAAAGAAGAAGACAAGAAGCAGGUGGCAUGGACCUCCAGUCAUGACCCAGUGUCAAGAUCUCCUUUCGUUAAAGACGUGGUUCAUCUUCAUUCCUUACUCGAUGCUCUCUUAGCAUCCAAGAGCUUUGAGAGAGCAGAUAACAUUCUAGAAACGCUCUUCGUCUUACUCGAGCAGCCAGAGAACAUUGUGAACCCCUUGAACAAGUACUUGGAAGUUUACGCCGCUGAAGAGUCUACAUCUAUUGAAGAUGUGGAAGCCUAUCUUCAGAAGGCUCUCAAAAGGUUCUCUAUUCAGCCUAAUGAGAGAACCUACGCAGUGCUUUUAGGAAAGAGUUUGAGUUCGCCAGAGCACUUCGACAAAUGGCUCAACAAGGCCAAGAAGAACCGCUCGUUGUUCCGCAACAUGCUCAACAACGUGGAUGUCAUCACGGUGGACGGCCUUACCAGAAUUUUUCAAGACCCCACGCUCAAACAGCUGCAGGUGCCUGAUGAUUUAGUUCCAGUAUUCAACGAGGUGAGAAAUCCAGGAGAUAUCACAGAGGAAGAUGUCGUGGAAGACGUCCCUGAAUACUUUGCAAAGGACAAUGUUGAUGCUCCUUCUUUGAAGAAAGAUGGUGCAGUCGAGUUACGCCCUGUUAACUCUUUCGGCAUCAAGGUCGUAAGACAUUCUCUUCUCGGACUUGAAUCUGACGGCGUUAACCUUGAGCAGUUUUUCAAGGAUCUCGAUAGCACUUUGGGCUCGCAUGUGCUUCACAAUGCUAAGGAAAAAUUCAAUCGCAUUCUAGACGCAUAUAACGAGAAACGUCAGAGAGACUUGGAGGUAAAGGACUCGAAGGCGCUCUUCAAUACCCUUAAUCAGAGAGGAGAGAUUUCCAUGAACAAGAACCUUAACGUGCAACUUUAUAAGUGGUACUCAGACAUGCUACCUUAUAUUGAAGAGGAGCACAAGCUAUGCCAGAACGUUCUUAACGGCAAUAUUCCAACCCUGGACAAGAAUGAUCAAGAAAUGGUUGACAGAGCGUUUUACGCCCCAUAUUUUGUCCUUCUUUCUCCAAAGACUCUUUGUCUCAUCGUCAUUUUUGAGUUGCUCAAGCUUAACAACACAGGUGGAAUUGCCGACGGCAUGCGUACAGCUAGAGCAAUCUUGGCUGUUGGUCGUGCUGUCGAGCUCGAAUACAAGUGUCAGCAUCUCAUGAAGACCGACAAGAAGUUUGCUCAGAAGAAGGGUCUUAGCUCAAACCAGUUGAAGAAGCUUCUCAAAAGAAGAAAUAUCGACUCAUCUUCCUUUGAUGCGGAGUGGACUACGACCUUGUACGCUAAACUUGGCUCUGUGUUGGCAAUGCCUCUUUUGCAGGUCGCCAAGGUCCAAGUCAGCGGCACUGAUCCUGCCACAGGUAAACCUGUUAAGGGCCUUCAGCACGCCUUCCACCAUACAUACCAGGUGAGUCAGGGCAUGAAAGUUGGCGUCAUCAAGUUGCACAAGAAUCUUAUUAAGCAACUUGGUGGAAAAACAUUCCAAAACUCUGUGCAGCCAUCGUAUCUUCCGAUGUUGUCCCCACCAAGACCAUGGACUGCUCAUAAUAGCGGUGGAUACUUGUACAAUUCUACCAACUUAGUGAGAAUUAAGGACUCUGCAGAGAAUAUUGCAUACGUCAAGGCUGCAUCAGAUGCCCAUGAUUUAGACGAAGUCUACAAAGGAUUGAAUAUCUUGGGCGAAACCGCAUGGACGGUGAACUCCAAGGUUCUUGACGUGAUCUCUCAUUAUUGGAAUACUGGAAAGAAGUUCUUGGACAUUCCUCCCGUUGUUGAGGACCCCAAGUUUACCGAACCUCCUCCACCAAAUGCAGAACCCUCUGUGAGAACAGAAUACAUCAACAAGGUAAAAAGCAUCAUGAGUGAACUGGCGGGUCUAAGAUCUCAGAGGUGCGACCUUAACUACAAGUUAGAGAUUGCAAGAGGUUUCGUCGGUGAAAAGAUGUUCUUCCCACAUAGCGUUGAUUUUAGAGGCAGAGCUUACCCAAUUUCACCUCACUUUAACCAUUUGGGUGGUGAUGUGACAAGAUCGCUUUUCUUGUUCUGGGAGGGUCAGGAAGUUGGAGAGCGUGGUCUCAGAUGGUUGAAGAUCCAUCUCGCAAACCUCUACGGUAAAGAUAAAGCCCCUCUUGACGAGCGUGUGAGAUUUGCCGAGGAGAACAUGGAUAAGAUUAUUGAAGCAGCAAAAGACCCUAUUGCUAAUGAGGAAUGGUGGACAAAAGGUGAGAAGCCAUGGCAGGUUUUGGGUGUCUGUUUCGAAUUGUACGAGGCCCACAAACUUGAGGAUCCAACCAAGUUCGUUUCGUACAUGCCUGUUCAUCAAGACGGUACUUGUAACGGUUUGCAGCAUUAUGCAGCAUUGGGUGGUGACAUUGGAGGUGCUCAGCAGGUCAACUUGGUUCCAGCAGACAGACCACAGGAUGUUUACGCCCACGUUGCCGGUUUGGUUGAAAAACGUUUAGAAGCUGAUGCCGAAGCAGGUGACGAACGUGCCAUUUUCUUCAAGGGCAGAAUUGCCAGAAAGGUUGUCAAGCAAACUGUCAUGACAAAUGUUUACGGUGUCACCUACGUUGGUGCCGUUGCCCAGAUUGAAAAGCAGAUCACUCACAUGUUUGACAACGACGUCACCUUGAGUGACCUUUCCAAGUACUCUCGUUACUUGACUACCCAGGUUUUUGCAUCGAUGAGAGAAUUGUUCGAGCGUGCACACUUGAUUCAAGACUGGUUGGGAGAAGCUGCCAAGCGUAUUUCCAAAUCUGUAAGAGUUGACUUUGAAGCUGAUCCCAAGGAUGCCAACAAGCCUCAUCAUAUGUCUUCCGUCAUUUGGACGACCCUCUUGUCAAGAUUGGUGAAGACGACUUUGCAAGACAUUAUAAUUUCUGAUCCAUUUGCAGUUUCUCAAGUUGAUGCUAGAAAGCAGCAAGCAGCAUUCCCUCCCAAUUACGUUCAUUCGUUGGAUGCUACUCAUAUGUUGAUGACCGCCAAAGCAUGUGGUACUGACGGCCUUUCUUUCGCCGCUGUUCACGAUUCUUACUGGACUCAUGCUCGUGAUGUUGAUCUGAUGAACAAGCACAUUAGAGACCAGUUUGUGGAGAUCCAUCAAGAAGACUCGAUUCAAAAAUUGAAGGACGAAUUUGAGAGACGUUACAAGGGCUUCUUACAAGUUAUGACUGUUCCUCACGAACAUGAUGUUGCUAUCAAAGUGAAGGAUGUGAGAAGAAAGAUUGUUCAAAAACUUGGUAGGGCACUCACUAUCGCCGACGAGCUUUACCUCGAGAAGAAAAGACAAGAGUUGCUUAACUCUGACAACCCUGAAGAAGUCGAACAGGGCAAAAAUCUCGAAACCACUGUCAGUGUCACUGAGGGUUACGAUUUGCAUAAUGCUGGCCUUACUACAUCGCCGCAAUACUCCUUCCAGUUCCUUGCGCCGCUCAAAUUCCCUGAGGUUCCAGCAAAGGGCGAUCUUGAUGUGAAGGUUGUGAGAGACUCGCAAUACUUCUUCUCCUGA